CAAAGCCUCUCUUGCUGAACUAAAUCCACUGAGCAGCUGUGAGCUGGAUCUAAUCUAACACUCAGUACCGAGUAGAGAUGGACCGGUUCUACCUCACCCAGGACUCGGUUUAUCGCGGUAUAUCAAACCGAACCGUCUAAACUCGGGAUUAAAAGUGAGAACUUUUCGGCGGCGGAAGAGAACCGAGAACUGGUCCGGGUCACGGUUCAGUGUUCAGUAGUUUGGGGAGAUCCAUCAUCAUGCCUGUGAGGAACGGAUCGGUACCGGAUCUACAGGAGCGACAGGUGAAGAUCAAAGCGCAUUACGGCGGGGACAUGCUGAUAUCGUACCUGGACUCAGGUGUGACCUACCUGGAGCUGUGUGAGGAGGUGAGGGACAUGUGCAGCGUCCACAGAGAUCGACCCAUCACGCUGAAGUGGAUCGAUGAUGAAGGUGAUCCGUGCACCAUCUCCUCUGAGAUGGAGCUGGAUGAGGCGUUUCGGAUCUACAGCAGGAGCUCGUCGUCCAGCCUCCUACUGCACGUGUUCCCCAGCACCCCAGAGAGACCUGGCAUGCCCUGUCCAGGAGAGGAUAAAUCCAUCUACCGGCGUGGAGCUCGACGAUGGAGGAAACUCUACCGUGUCAGCGGCCAUCUCUUCCAGGCCAAACGCUUUAACAGGACAGUGUACUGUGGACUGUGCAGUGGGAGGAUAUGGGGUCUGGGACGACAGGGUUACAAGUGUAUAAGCUGCCGCCUGCUGGUUCAUAAGCGCUGUCAUAAACUCGUCCCUCUGUCCUGUCCCAGGCAUAUGGAUCCAGUCAUGCCCUCACAGGAACCGCCGCCCGACCAGAGGAGAGCAGACGAGGAGGAGAACCCGCCCGAGGACGCUGAGGAUCCUGAUCCCAUCCCGUUCCUCCCUCACAAUCGCACUCUGGAGAAAGCUGAAGAUGAUCCAGAGGACGUGGUCGGUGGGAUGGAGAAGCUGCAGCUCCAGGAGUCGCUGAAGCUUUCAGACUUCGAUCUGCUGCGCGUGAUCGGGCGAGGCAGCUACGCCAAAGUGCUCCUGGUGCGCCUGAAGAAGAACGACCACGUUUACGCCAUGAAGGUCGUCAAGAAGGAGCUGGUCCACGACGACGAGGACAUUGACUGGGUUCAGACGGAGAAGCACGUAUUUGAACAAGCCUCCACCAACCCGUUCCUCGUGGGCUUACACUCCUGCUUUCAGACCGAGAGUCGUGUGUGUAUGUGUGUGUGUAUGUGUGUGUGUGUGUAUGUGUGUGUGUGUGUGUGUGUGUGUGUGUGUUGCAGCCUGUUCCUGGUGAUCGAGUACGUGAAUGGAGGAGACCUGAUGUUCCAUAUGCAACGACAACGGAAACUUCCAGAGGAACACGCCAGGUUCUACGCUGCUGAAAUCUGUAUUGCACUGAACUUCCUGCAUGAGAAGGGCAUCAUCUACAGGGACCUGAAACUGGACAACGUUCUCCUGGAUCAGGACGGUCACAUCAAAAUCACCGACUACGGCAUGUGCAAGGAGGGGAUCAGACCGGGCGACACCACCAGCACCUUCUGUGGAACCCCAAACUACAUCGCUCCAGAAAUCCUCCGAGGAGAAGAUUACGGGUUCAGUGUGGACUGGUGGGCUCUGGGUGUGCUGAUGUUUGAGAUGAUGGCUGGUAGAUCUCCGUUCGACAUCAUGACCGACAAUCCAGACAUGAACACAGAGGAGUAUCUGUUCCAGGUGAUUCUGGAGAAGCCCAUCCGGAUCCCUCGCUCUCUCUCUGUGAAGGCCGCCAACGUCCUCAAAGGUUUCCUCAACAAGGAUCCGAAGGAGCGGCUGGGUUGCCAGGUUGAGACGGGAUUCACCGACAUCAAAGCGCACACAUUCUUCAGGAGCAUCGACUGGGAGCAGUUGGAGCUGAAGCAGGUGACUCCGCCCUUUAAACCACAAAUCACGGAUGAUUACGGACUGGAGAACUUCGAUACACAGUUCACCAACGAACCUGUACAGCUCACACCCGACGACCAGGACGUGAUUAAGAGAAUCGAUCAGUCCGAGUUCGAGGGAUUCGAGUACAUCAACCCCCUGCUGCUCUCCACCGAGGAAACCGUAUGAGGAACCGUACCAGGAACCGAACCAGGAACCGUACCAGGAACCGAACUGAACUGAGUGGAGUCGUGGGGGUGGCGCUCGUACCUCCUCUGGAUUAAUGGAUGUUUUAUAUGAUUUUAGUGCUGACGCUCUCACCAGGAGUCACAGACGACUUUAGAGACUCGGACAUGUCUCAGAGACGAACAGUAAACACACGCCGCCGCCGCUGCUGGUCUUCCUCCCUCCGUCCCCUGACUCCGCCCCCGGAACACGCCCAUUAUAGACUACAUUACCCAUAAUGCCCUGCUACACCAGGGCCUGAACCCAGAACAUUUAGCACUUUUAUUUAUUAUGUUAGCAGGUCUGAGGGUCUCACACACACACACACACACACACACACACCGAACGGUUCCCAUCGUCCAAUCAUAUCUGAUCAUGAUGUAAAUAAGAGAAUCAUAUCGGGACACGCCCACUCACCACGAAUCGAGCUUUUAUUCACCCCUCUGAUCCCAAAUUCACCUUCAACACAUCCAAAAAUAAAACUCAAAUUUAAAUUAAUUUAAUCUCCGAAAUUUUAAUCAUAAAUUUAAUACAAUAAAUUAAAUUCAAAUUUGAAUCUUAUAAAACUGAAUCUCCAAAAUGUAAAUCUCUUAGUUUUGAAUCUUUAAAUUUGAUCAUGUAAAAUUAAACCUGAAUUUAAACCUCCAGCGUUUUCACAUGAGGAUGAUCGAUGAUUAAAUGUAUUUGUAAUUACACCUGUAAAUCUUUACUGUAAUUAUUUUUAUUAUUUUAAUUCCUCUUUAGUCCAAAAUAAAAGAUUCACGUCUAACAGAA